AAGAACGGCAUCGACUCGAGCGACAAGAAAAAGGAGAUUAAGAAGGAUUCAAAAAGUGAGACAAAGUUGAGGAAAAUCAACUCAAGUGAAGAGAAAAUGAAUAACAGUAUAGAAAAGAAUAACCGAAAUGAGUCGCGCUCUUCAUCCGUCUCCUCAUUAUCUCCGCGAAGAACUAAUGAACACAGAAAUAAAGACGAUAUCAAUGAGUCGGACAAAGAACGAGAACAUAAGAAACGAAAAAGUGAUUCAAAUAAAACACACGAAGAGAAUAGCGAUAAGAAAGUGAAAGAAGAGGUGAAUAAUAACGGCAUUCCAAACGUCAAUACAGUUAGAUCUCAUGAAAAGAAACAGUCAUCGAGUGCUCGGAAACGACAGCAACAGCUCAAAGAAUCGCCCAAUAAUGAGGUCUCGGACUCCAACACAACUCCUAAACGACGUAAAGAAGAAGACGGAAGCAAAACAAAACGCGAGGACAGAGAGUCCAGAAGUAAAACCACAGAAAAGAGAAGUAAUUCUUCUCGACGUCACAAACAAGAAGACGACAAAUGAAUUGUUUUGAAAUCAUUUUACAGCACAUUAUAAUUCAUCAGUUAUUUAUUGAAUUGUUGGCUAAUAUUUCGACAAAAAACGAAAUAAAUUAUAUCAGAUGUCAAUUGAGUUCUGUUUUUAAUUUUUUUGUUUGUUCUGUUAUUUCGGUCGCAGAUCUUUUAAUUGCGAAUUGUUUGUUAAGCCAUUGACUCUCAUUAUCACCGCAUUUAUCAGAUACCAUACAAAUUGUUCCCAUAUUUACAUUUUUACGGAUUUCUAAAUUAUAAAUAAAAUUUGACGAAUGAAUGAUAA